UGGACAGAUAAAUGGAUGGAUGGAUGGACAGAUGAAUGGAUGGAUGGAUGGAUGGAUGGAUGGAGUCCAAGUGACGGGUGAUGAGGAUCAUGGACGACCACCCAGCCCCUCACAGCUGACCCCCAACCCCCCAUCCCACCCCCCAAAGGUCGACAGCUCCGCGGUGCCGCUGCCCUUCUGCCUGCCACGCCGGGCUGCCUGCCUGGCCCACAAAGGUGCCACCAUCCUCCUCGUCACCGACUUCGGCCUCAGCGUCACCGUGGGUCCCGGGGACAUGUUGGCCAUCACCGUGCCUUCUUCCUAUCACAACUCCACCUGUGGUCUAUGUGGCAACUUCGACGGUCGUCUCCACAACGACCACCACCUCCACCGGAACGACGUGGCCACGUGUCACCGUCUCUGUCCAGGUCCCAAAUGCUCCCCGUGUCGGCAGCCUCCCAAAAACGAAUACAUCCACAGCAAGCUCUGCAACAUCCUGAGGGACCCCCGGGGUCCUUUUGGGGUCUGUCAUGAGGUCGUCCGUCCCGGGAUCUUCUUUGACAUCUGUCUGUGGGAGCUCUGCGAGUCCCCUGGGGACAGGGAUGCCCUUGGAGAGGUCCUGGCAGCUUACGAUGCUGCUUGUCGCCAGGCUAAGAUCCGUGUGGGACCGUGGCGCAUCCCCAGGACCUGCCCUUCGUGGUGCGCGCCGGGCACCGGCUGCAGACCCGGGGUCAGCUGCGUCCCCCACCCAACGUUAAUGAGGAGGGACCUGUCUCCAGGUGAGGAGGGAUUUGGGGUGGGGGGAUGUGGU